AUGAGCCCGCUGCUCGUAUUCUCUCUGCUCCUACUGCUAUUCCGCGAUGUGUCCGCCCUCCUCGACGAGAAUAGCCUGUUUCGCUCCGACGAGUACUCCCAGGGUGAAUUCGGCUCGUGGCCGGUGCAUAACUACCGGUCUAGUGAUAUCCAAGGUCCUCUCCUCAACUACUGGAGCCACAGCCGCGCCUGCGACGAUGGCAAGUAUACGCUACUCACGCCACGAGGCGCAAGCGUGAACCAGUCCGGGCCCACAAUCGUGGACGAGAACGGCAACCUUGUUUGGUUUAAAGAGUAUGGCAGCACGUAUAAUGCCAAUGUCUACCAGUACCGCAAUGAGAGCUAUUUGACCUUUUGGGCUGGUAAGGAUGCUUUCGGUGGCCGCGGAGAUGGGACUCUCUACAUGCUCAACAAGCACUAUGAGGAAGCAUACAAGAUCCACGGCGCCAACGGCCUUCCCGCGGAUCUGCACGAGUUCCGGAUUACCAGCAACGACACAGCUUUGUUGACAUCGUUUCCCCUAGCCCCCGCCGACCUUCGGGAAGUAAAUGGGCCUGAGAACGGCUAUAUCUGGGACGGGGUAUUCCAAGAGGUUGACAUCGAGACGAACGAGCUCCUAUUCGAGUGGCGGGCGUCGGAGCAUUUUUCAUUCAAGGAAAAUACGCGCGGUAUCGCAGGCGGGAAGACCAAAGACGCUCCGUGGGAUUUCUUCCACCUCAACAGCGUUGAUAAGGAUGAGCGCGGCAAUUAUCUCGUGUCAUCACGAUACAUGGGCUGCAUUGUAUACAUCGACGGCCGCUCGGGCGAUAUCAUUUGGCAACUGGGCGGGACAGGCAAUUCCCUUACGGAUCUGUCUGGCGGCAACGCUACCAAUAUCAGGUUCCAGCACCACGCCCGAUUUCAGCCGAAAUACAACGAGGACAGCAAGCGCGCAAUCACCCUCUUUGACAAUGGCGGGGCCGGCGGGCUCUCUAAAAAAAGACCGAGUCGAGGUUUGUUUCUGGAUAUCGAUGAGAUGGAUAUGACCGCGAUGGUCCGGCAUGAGUACUGGAAUCCGAUUCCCGUUAGCAUCAGAUCUCAGGGUUCGGUGCAGGUGUUGGACAACGGCAAUGUGCUACUCGGGUACGGGUAUGACGCUCUGUGGACCGAAUUUAACAUGGACGGUGAGGUGCUCUGCGAUGUGCAUUUCGCACCGGAAAAGGGUUUUGGUAGAGGCGGGGUCAUUUCAUACCGGGUUUCCAAACAUAACUGGGUAGGACUGCCUAAAACGAACCCGGAUAUUUCCCUGUCGGACAACGAGAUCGCCGUGAGCUGGAACGGCGCUACCGAGGUGGCUACUUGGGUCCUGGAAGGGACGCACAAGUCCCACAAUGAGCGUGAAAGCCGUCUCUCGGCCGAUGGAAAAGAAGAUUCGAACGACAAAUUCACUUUCAUCUCUGCAGUCCCGAAAUCUGGAUUUGAGACCAUCUUCAACAUCCCGCCGGGCACACCUCACCGCACACUCCGUGUCGUUGCACUCAACAGCACGGGGUAUCCCCUAGGAGUGUCAGGUUCCCUGAACUGGGAUCCAGAGCAGGCCAGCUACAUUGUCGUCGGUGGCGAGAGCGAUGGUGACGAUGCAAAGAUACGGUCGGUCUUAUUCUUCGCCAUUGGGUUCCUAUCCGCUUCAUUCCUGGCCAUCUGUCUGUGGCUCUUGGGCACGAGUUCCUGCUGCGCUGGCUUCAGGCAACAGCUCCGCAGUAAACUCGGAGAUCAAGAGGCUGGGCGUGGAGAAUGGAAGCCUGUUGGCUUGUCAGAAGAUGACAUCAACGAACUGAAUGAUCUGUCGGGUCUGUCUGAUGAGGACGAGGAAAGGGGCGGCACAGUCAGAUCCGCGCUUUUGCGCAAGGAAGGAGGCGAGCUCUAG